GCGCGUUGCCUUGACCACCCCCACAAAAAAGCGCACAUAGAGCAGUCCCUUCGGACAUCUCCACGCGCAAUGGCACCCUCCACACGCAAUGGCCCCCAUCCGCCAAACACAACCACGGCGCCACCCAGCCGGGAGACCCGAGCGCAAGCCUUACAAGGCUCGGCUCAUCGAAGAGGUCGCUCUGAAACUCAUCCACAUGGCAGGAUGCCACCCAGAAAAACGGUUCUGCUUUGUCCUCAAUUGGUGGUGCGACAAGCCGAUCGUCCGCAAGAAACUCGAACGCUUGAACUGCCCCACACCGCUUCUGUUCGUUAUCAGUCAACGAGAAGUUAUCCAUCGGCUUGCAAAAGAACGACUUGGAGACAAGUACAGGGAGAUCAGAUUUUUUUCGGAUCACUACUGGAACAUCGACAAACCCCAUGCGAAACUCCGCUUUGCCGACAUAUUCAGCGCCGCGAUGCGGAAGGAGAAGGAGCCGCUGGAGAUCAAACAUGUUGUGUUGGAUCCGACCGUCGCCUGGGUGUUUAAUGCGUAUGACAAGCUUGGCGGGUUGGAUUGGGAGGAACUUGCGAGUCCUGAUCGCCGCUUACUAAAGAUCCCAACACGACAACCAUUGUCGUUCCCUUCCAGACGAUUGCGCGGGGCCUAUUGGAGGCAAGGGGAGCUCGAGACUGUUGGAGGCGUCGACUACUUCACCAAAAUCCUCGUUGAGCACCAUCAUCGUAAAGAGCCUUAUGAACGAGGGGAUCAUGUCGUUCUCUGCCAUCCGCAACGAGGACUCGAAUACGGAGUCAUCGAUAAGUUCUUCGAAGGCGCACCAGGCCGUCCUUGCGUUGUGCUGAAUCGAUUCAUACCAUUUGGCGAAACAAGCAUCGGAAAGACCUUGUUUGCAGGGCCCGCACACAACGAAGACGACGACUCCGACGAUCCUGUUCGUCAACGCUUCGACUACAUCGAUGAGGAUGCUUGCAAAAAGACGUUCAGCGACCACCGCUGGUACUUUGCUACGGACAAGUUCGACGGCUACCCUGAUGGAGAGCUCAUUCCCAUCGACACCAUCAUCAAGAAGGCAUGGGUUCACCGUUUACCGGAGAGAUGUCCGGACGACUACGAUCAAAUCUGGGUGCGGCACCGGUACAUUGAGGACGAACAUGCAUACGUUAACUACCACCACAAAGAGAAAGAAGUCUUCCGCCGCGAACUCCCCGAGCUCCCAGCCACCAUGAUCAUCCAUGACGGCGACGAACGCCCGACGCUCAUGCAUGUAACCGAGAUUGAGGGACACACAGUACACGGAUACAAGUUCUCGCCACUGAGAGAUCACCUCCGCCGGCGGCCACGACGCAAAUUCAAGUGCAAAUGCCACGGCAAAGAAGAUCUGAAGCCUUCGGAUGUGUUCGAGAACGAGUGGGUGCUGGAACCGGCUCCGUAUAGCGCCACAGUCGACGACCCCUAUGAUCUGAGGACGGUUGUAAUGCAGUACAACGACAGCGAGGAUGGCGUCCCGGCACACCUCAAGGAGUACAAGAACGGCGCGCAUCCACGCUAUGUGCACUUUUUCCGCUUCUACUUGACCUCGCAAGGAGGCCUGGCACAUGUUCACCCCGACGACGACAUUGCGAGAAAGUACCCGCAAUUUGAGCAGCAGUAUCCAAUCGCGAGAACGGAUGAAGAUAUGUGCGAGCUGUGGGCGGGUGCGGGGGUCGCCGGGUGUGGAUUUGAAUCCGCGGGCUUCACGAAGAAGUGGGUUGUGGAGAACGACCCCUACGCAUUGAAGGCGAACGUCGCAAACUCCAAACUUCCCGGCGGCGUGGAGGUCCUGCACGCGCGAGACUCGACGACCGAGGAGAAGCCCUACGGCGGUUGCGACUUUUCCGAAGUUCUCCGGGACAUCCACCUGAAGAAGAUUCGUUUGCCCUCGCAGAUCGGCGUAGCCACCACGACAUUCCCCUGUACGCACAACAGCAACCUCAACCGGAACCCCGACUGCGAAAAAUCCGAAUUCGACCGAACUUCGUUGAUGCAGGACAUCUCCCUCAAGAUCCUGGAAGCGUUCCCUGCGCACUACGGGAUGCUGGAGAACGUGCCCGAGCUCGAACACAAGCAGCCCCGAACGUUCGCCGCAUACCAGGCCUUCUUGCUCCUCUCGAAAUACCAAGUGCGCAAAUUCAAAUGCAAUAGCGCGGCGUUUGGCGUCCCUCAGGAUCGAAAUCGGCUCUUCCUCGUCUACGCCCCGUCGUGCUGCACGCUCCCCGCAGCCCCCAUCCCAACGCAUCAAUACAAAAACGCCACCUCGGCCCUCUUUGCAGCGCCCGCGCCCAAAGACGCGCUAGCGAAUAUCGCCGACAACGAGUUCGAGGACCCCUCCGUCGCCAUGACCCCCCUCUCCGAAAAGGUCAAACGAUGGAUCCCAUUACUCAAGCAUGGCGAAUCCUUCUACGACCUCCAACGCGCCGGUCUCAUCCCCGCCAACGAGUAUUUCGACCCGUGCAAACGCCCCCGGUGGGCCGAGGCGGGGCAAACCUUCGGCACGAUCACCUGCGACAUCCGAAAAGGCGACGCGCACCCGCUGUUCAACCGCAAGCUGAAUCUCCUGGAGAAGAUGCUGCUGCAGGGUUUACCGCUGAACUGGAUCCUGUUUGGAACGGCGGCGGAGCAGGCGAGGCAGAUUGGGAAUGGGGUGGUGGUUGCGUUGACGUUUGCGAUCGCGAUGGAGAUGAGGAAGGCUAUGAGUUUGGAUGAGCGGAGGAGGCGCGCGGUGGUGCGCGGCGAGCGUAUAAAGGCGAUGUGAGCCGCGGAGGUAGAGCAGAGCAGAGCAGAGGGAAGGAAGCCGUCGCCUUUGGUGGAGGUGCGGAUUACAAUGCCGCACUCUGUGGGAUAGUAUAGAAAUGUAGGGAGAUACGGCAAACCAUGGGGGAUACGAACAAUAUCAAUCACCACGCUGCAACGGUGGCCCCCCCACUCUUCGAUUGUACAUUUUAGGGUAGAACGGAACAUUAGGCCUGUACAUACAGUAGAAGCGCACGCCUUCUCCCAAUAUAUGCGUUGCUGUUGCUUUA